AUGAACACCAAGUUGGUACUUCUCGCACUUUCCGCUCUUUCAUUUUCAGCCUUCGCUGCUAAUGAUGUGGUAAGCUACAGUAUUCUUGAGCUCCUCUUAUUUAUAAUGUUUUAGCUCCUGCGAGCCCGCCGUCAGUCCUCGUGUGGAUGUGCUGUGCCUGUCGCCGCUUCUUGCAACUGCCAGGCUUCUCAGACAAAUUCUGCUCAACAGACUUGCUCCUGUGCUCAAUCUCAACAGCCAUCGUCGUGCGGAUGUGCCCAACAGUACCAACAGCAACAGUGCCAGCCAUCUUGCCAGAGUUCAUGUGAGCAGAGCUGCAGCUCCCAGCAACAGGUAGGCUUCAACGUUUUCAACUAAAAAAAAAUCUUCCAUUUAAAGUUAAAGAUUAAGUAAAGCUCAACCCAAAACAUGUUAGACAUUUACUGAUACUAUUUCGAAUUCCAUUUCAGCCGUCGUCUCAAUGUCAAUCCUCGUGCUCUUCCACCUGUCAAACCGCUUGCUCCCAGGCAGUGCAGCUCCAGCAGCCAGCUCAACAGCAGUGCCAACAGGACUGCCAGGCUUCCUGCCCACAAACCCAACAGCAAACGCAAUGCAACCAGCAGUGCCAGACUACUUGUCAGUCUGAUGAUCAGUAUGCUCAGCAGCUCAUCCAGCAGCAGACUUACUCGCAGCCCGGACAAAUCCCAGCUUACAACUAUCAACAAUCGACGACUUCUGCUCCAGUUCAGUACCAACAGUCUUCUGUGAGCCAGUGCAACACCUGCCAAAACUCGUGCUUGAACACUUGCCAACAACAGCAGCAACCAGUCCAGCAGUGCCAGUCUUCCUGUGAUCAGUCUUGCCAACCAGCCUGCUCUACCACUUCCAACAACAACUACCAGACGGCCAGCAACUACCAGAGCACCUACAACCAGGCCAACAACUACCAGCAGCCAGGAGCCAUCCCAUCCUAUCAGUCAAUUUCUCAAACUGUCGCCCCAACCUACCAACCAUACCGUGACAACACCAACUACCAGACCGGAGGAACCAUCUCUCAGUGCAACACGUGUCAGACUCAGUGCAACCAGGGAUGCCAGCAGACUCAGACGACGCAGAGCACUCAGUGCGCUUCUCAGUGCGAUUCCCAAUGCCAGCCAGCCUGCCAGAAGACUCAGACUCAAACCCAGACGACGACUGGGGUCCAGCUGACGAUCACCGUUCCAGUCGCCCAGAAGUCCGCUCAGUGCCAACCGGCUUGUGAGCAGUCCUGCAACACCCAGUGCAUUCAGCAGAACCAACCAAUCUCCCAGUGCCAGCCUGCCUGCCAGCAGUCCUGCUCCAACUCCUGCAGAAAGUAA